AUGGUAAGAGAACCAUACCUGGCAUUUGCAGUGAUGUUCCUCUUGCUGAAGCUGGCAAUGAUCAUCGUCCCGAGAGUGAUAUCGCGCAUGAAAGCGAUCUGGGCGUCUCAAAUUCCGCAAAUUCUGAAAUUGGGAAUUAUUGGUGAGACAAGUCGACUGUUUGGACGAGCCCUUCAUAUGAUCGACUUGAGGAUGAAGCUGAGACUCACCAAAACCAGCAGCUUCCACGAGAGGGCAAAGAAGGCCAGGGCGUGGGCUUCAUCUCUUGCUUCCAUCUCUCCUGAAAAACCUUCUCCCACCAUAUCCUCCUCUCAAGGGUGA